CUCACACCCUCGGAAAUCACAGUUGAGUUGAGUUAAAGGUGACCACCGCUUAGAGCACCGAACAAUGGCGCCGUGGAUCGCUGCAACUCGCCAACUGGCGAAUAUGACGCGGCUUUCCUCUCCCAAGUCCGUUACUAACGCUAAAGCCGUUUCCAUCCUCCAACGGCGAGGCCUCGCCGGCGGUGCUGAUCAUCAUGGACCUCCAAAGGUGAACUUUUGGGAGGACCCCUUGAGUCCAUCUAAAUGGAAAAAAGAACACUUUGUGAUUGUCUCCUUAGCGGGUUGGGGGUUACUCAUCUAUGGGGGUUACAAGAUUUUCACUGGCGACAAGGACAAGAAGGAAUCUAAAAAGGAAGAGAUCAGAGUUCGAGAAGUGCCGCGCUAGCUUUUUGCUUGUUCUUGAUUAUGUGUGCAGACAAAUAAAACGGUGUCCUGGAAUCAGAAUAUCUACAAUGAGGAUUCAAACUAGUGGACACCAUAGGUCUAGGCAGUUUCCAGUUGUAAAUCACUUGUUCGUUAAGGGUUUAUGAGUAUUUACUGCUUUUUCUUGUAUGAUCAUUU